AAUUUUACACCUGAUUCCUGAACCUCAGAACCUGAUACGGUGAGGUGAGGUGAGGUGAGCAGUUGAGACUUGAGAGAGGCGGAGAGCAGAGAAUCAGAGAGAGGCUGAGGCUUGAGCCUUGAGCUGUUGUCUGUUGAGCGAACAGUGGAGACUGGAGACUAGAGAGAGGCGGAGAGCAGAGACUAGAGAGAAAGAUUUUUUUUUUUUUUUGAAAGAACAAUGCAAUCUCUACGUGGGAGCAUCCGAUUGGUCCGGAGGCAUUGCUCAAACAACGUUGAUUUGAAAUCAAACGGUUCUCACUUUGCCACUGCCACUGCCAAAUUUCAUGGCAGCUCAAUUGGGUUUUCAAAUCCUCGCUUUUUAGGGUCCCUCUCCAAAUUUACAAGAAUUGGCACCCAAGCAGCUAUGGCAACACUAUCUAAUAAUGGCAUACCUUCAGUAUCAGUGUCAAGCAGAAGUUCUAGGCCAGGUUUGUUACAUUGGGCAGCUGUGCUACCUCCUUUCACUAGCAGAUGCAUUACAACAGUUGAAAAUACUGUUGAAUCAGUUUCACAGGAUUCUUCUGCAUCUAUCCCUGAAGUAACACCUAGGAUCAAAUUUAAGAGGCUCGAUAAAACUGCCAAGCACAUAAUGCAGAUUUUAGAUAAGGAAGCUGUAGAGGAAGUCAGGGAGAACCGAGAAAUACCUGAUAUAAAACCUGGUUAUAUUGUGCAACUCAAAGUGGUAGUACCUGAGAACAAGCGACGUGUUUCGGUUCUGAAAGGCAUUGUUAUAGCAAGGCGUAAUGCUGGUUUAAAUACUACAUUCAGAUUAAGGAGGCUAGUGGCUGGGGUUGGAGUUGAAUCUCUCUUCCCGCUAUAUUCACCUAACAUAAAGGAGAUAAAGGUGCUGGACAAGAAGAAAGUGAGAAGGGCCAAGCUUUACUAUCUCAGGGACAAAAUGAAUGCACUUAAGAAGCAAUAGUUGAUAGCCAGUUGGAGAUCAAAAAUAUUUUUCAAGAAAAAUGGUAGGUUUGUUAACAAUGUGAUUUUGUUUUCUAUUUAUUAAGUCAGCUUUAGCCACAGGAUCUUGUUAAAUGUUGAGGUCUGUGGAAGAAAUGAGUGCUUCAAAGAAAUACUGAGGAAAUUGGCAAUGCUGAUAAAUUUUUAAUGUUCACAGCUAUGUACUGGGGUUAAGCAAUGUUAUGAAUCUGUGCAUCUUUUUAAAGGGUGCAGUGCUGGUGUUUCUGUACCAAAUAUAAAACGGACAUCGUUGCCAUGGGUCUGCUGUACUAUUGAUGGUUCUUAAUAGAGGCAGUGGGGGGAAGAGCAAAUAAAUUGAUCUAUGCUGAUA